GGGGCAGCGCGUGCGCAGAGGGGCGGUGUGGCUUAGGACGGGGCAAUGUAAGCUAAGAGGAGUGUUGGCGUUCGCGGAGAUGUGACUGGUGGGACCUGCGGCGGCUCCCAUAUGAUGGUCACCCUCCUGGGCGCGACGACCCUAGUGCUCGUCACCUUGGCGCCAUGGGUGUUGUCCGCAGCCGCAGGUGAGAGGCCGGAAGGAGAGUCUCGGCGCAGGGCCGGAGGUGGAAAAAAUCUAAAAUCGCCUCAAAAAGUAGAGGUUGACAUCAUAGAUGACAACUUUAUCCUGAGGUGGAACAGGAGUGAUGAAUCUGUCGGGAAUGUAACUUUUUCAUUCGAUUAUCAAAAACCUGGGAUGGAUAAUUGGAUAAAAUUACCUGGAUGUCAGAAUAUUACUAGUACCAAAUGCAACUUUUCUUCGCUCAAGCUGAACAUUUAUGAAGAAAUUAAAUUGCGUAUAAGAGCAGAAAAAGAAAACACUUCUUCAUGGUAUGAGGUUGACCCAUUUACACCAUUUCGCAAAGCUCAAAUUGGUCCUCCAGAAGUACAUUUAGAAGCUGAAGAUAAGGCAAUAGUGAUACACAUCUCUCCUCCUGGAACAAAAGAUAGUGUUAUGUGGGCUUUGGAUGGUUUAAGCUUUACAUAUAGCUUAGUUAUCUGGAAAAACUCUUCAAGUGUAGAAGAAAGGAUUGAAAAUAUUUAUUCCAGACAUAAAAUUUAUAAACUCUCACCAGAGACUACUUAUUGUUUAAAAGUUAAAGCAGCGCUACUUACGUCACGGAAAAUUGGUGUCUAUAGUCCAGUGCACUGUAUAAAGACCACAGUUGAAAAUGAACUACCUCCACCAGAAAAUGUAGAAGUCAUUGUUCAAAAUCAGAACUAUGUUCUUAAGUGGGAUUAUACAUAUGCAAACAUGAGCUUUCAAGUUCAGUGGCUCCAUGCCUUUUUAAAAAGGAAUCCUGGAAACCAUUUGUAUAAAUGGAAACAAAUACCUGACUGCGAAAAUGUCACAACUACCCAGUGUGUCUUUCCUCGAGACACUUUCCAAAAAGGAAUUUACCUUCUCCGCGUACAAGCCUCUGAUGGAAAUAACACGUCUUUUUGGUCUGAAGAGAUAAAGUUUGAUACUGAAAUACAAGCUUCCCUGCUUCCUCCAGUCUUUAACAUUAGAUCCCUUAGUGAUUCAUUACAUAUCUCUAUCGGUGCUCCAAAAUGGUUUGAAAACAAGCCUGUGAUCCAGGAUUAUCCACUGAUUUAUGAAAUUCUUUUUUGGGAAAACACUUCAAAGGCUGAGAGAAAAAUUAUCGAGAAAAAAACUGAUGUUACUAUUCCUAAUUUGAAACCACUGACUGUAUAUUGUGUGAAAGCCAGAGCACACAGCAUGGAUGAAAAGCUGAAUAAAAGCAGUGUUUUUAGUGAUGUUGUGUGUGAGGAAACAAAAUCAGGAAAUACAUCUAAAAUUUGGCUUAUAAUUGGAAUUUUUACUGUAUUACUUGCUCUCCCGUUUGUCAUUUAUGCUGUGAAAGUCCUCUUGAGAUGCAUCAAUUAUGUCUUCUUUCCAUCACUUAAACCUUCUUCCAAUAUAGAUGAGUAUUUUUCUGAACAGUCAUUGAAGAAUCUUCUGCUUUCAACUUCUGAGGAACAAAUCGAAAAAUGUCUUAUAAUUGAAAAUAUAAGCACAAUUGCUAUAGUAGAAGAAACUAAUCAGACUGAUGAAGAUCAUAAAAAAUACAGUUCCCAAACUAGCCAAGAUUCAGGAAAUUAUUCUAAUGAAGAUGAAAGUGAAAAUAAAACAAGUGAAGAACUACAGCAGGACUUUAUAUGACCAGAAAUGAACUCUGUCAAGUAUAAGGUUUUUCUGUAGGAGUUACACUGGGAUCCUGAGCUCCUUGCCUUCCUCUCAGUAACUACAAAGAGAACAUUUCCCUGUUUCGGGGAAGAAAAAACAUCUUCAGAUCAUAGGUCCUAAAAAUACAGGCAAGCACUUUACUAUUUAAAAAUGAAAUUACAGGCCCAGGCACGGUGGCUCAUGCCUGUAUCCCAGCACUUUGGGAGGCUAAGGCAGGCAUAUCAUGAGGUCAAAAGAUUGAGACCAUCCUGGCCAACAUGGUGAAACCCCAUCUCUACUAAAAGUAUAAAAAUUAGCUGGGCAUGGUGGCAUGUGCCUGUAGUCUCAGCUACUCAGGAGACUGACGCAGGAGAAUCACUUGAACCCGGGAGGUGGAGGUUGCAGUGAGCCAAGAUAGCGCCACUGUACUCUAGCCUGGCAACAAAGUGAGACUCUCUUUAAAAAAAAAAAAAAAAAAGCAAUUGUAAGAGUUGAGACAAACAUUUCCUACAUUAUUUUCCACGUGUAAAAUCUUGAAAAAGCCUGUCAUUGGACCUGCAUUGGAUGAGAUGAGUCAGAUCAAAACGAUGGCCACCCGUCUGCCUCUUGGGAGCCUAAGUGCAACUGUGCUCGCUGUGCACUGUGGCUAAGGAUGAUGUGUGUGUUCCUGUCCGUCACUGAUGCUGCUGGUUACUGCAUGUGCCACACCUGUCUGUUCGCCAUUCCUAACAUUCUAUUUCAUUCUUCCUCUGGAGAUAUUUCAAACAUUUGGUCUUUUAACACUGAGGUUAGGCCCUCAGGAAAUUUAUUUAGGAAAGUCUGAACACAUUAUCACCUGGUUUUCUGGAAAGUAGCUUAGCCUAGAAAAUAGCUGCAGAUGCCAGAAAGAUGAUCCCUAAAAUUGUUCAGGGACUUCUGUUCAUUUAUCCCGAGAACAUUGGCUUCCACAUCACAGUAUCUACCCUUACAUGGUUUAGGAUUAAAGCCAGGCAAUUUUUUACUAUACAGUAAGACUUCUGAUUCAAAACUUACUAGAACAAUAGCUUCUGGCUGGAAUUUGCAAUCCCUGAAGUCAUAGAAAAUAGGUAACUAUCUAAUUAGAGAAAUAAUUGUUGUAUUUUAAGAUCUGAGAGUGCAUGCAAGUUUUAACAUACAUGCCAUGCCAGAAGAUAGUGUAUGCAAGAAGUCUUGGGACCAGAAAAUGGCCAUGAUGGGAGACUGACACAGAAGAAGAAUGCUUCCAUAGGAAAGAGGUCGCUGGCCUUUGUGCAAGAGGAAGAAGAAUGUUCCACUGGGAGCCUGAGCAACUCAUCAGCUGUCAUGAUUAACCCGCUCUGUUGUUCGGGGUGGUCUCUGUCACUUUAAACACCAGGCUGGCUUCUCUGCACUGUCCAGCAGUACUCAGAUCCCCCUUCUGCUCAGCCUGCUUGGCCUUAAAAUACAAAUCAUUGAACUGAGGGGGAAAAAAUGUAACUAGGAGGAAAAACCUAAUUUAAGAAAUCACAUAAUGCUUUCCAAAGGCACCUACAACUUAUUUUUAAAUUACUUGCUACUGGGGAUUACCCAUGGAUAUCCUUAAUAGACAGGAAGUCUGGGAAUUCUGGUGGCCUCUAGGGCAGAGUUCUCAGAGCACCAUUCCGGCAAGGACCAGUGAAAGAGAAAAGCGAUAAAGUUAGAGCGUGCUGGGAAGCGGCCAUUGCUAAGGCCAGUCUGAUUUAAGUAGUCAUUUCUGCUGAAAAAACAGAUAAUCCUGUUGGAAGAAGAGGUUGAAGGCAGCUGCCCUCGGGAGGGCUGUGGUGCUGAGCACAUCCUGGGCACGUAAUGUGUCUGCAGGCCACACCAUGCGUGUCCCCGGACCUGCCACCUGGCUUCUGGAGUGGUUCAAGCAGAGCAUAGUGAGCCAUUGAGGAGACCCAGGAAUCUCCUCUGAGACCCAGCUCUCUGCCGGAGAACCCCACACUGACACAUUCUCAUCUUUCAGACCAGAGGCUGUGUUUUUGAGAGUGUCUCUCUCUGUUGCCCAGACUGGAGUGCAGUGGCUUGAUCUCGGCUCACUGCAACCUCCGCCUCCCAGGUUCAAGUGAUUCUCUGCCGCAGCCUCCCGAGUAGCUGGGAUUACAGGUAUCUGCCAACACACCCCGUUAGUUUUUGUAUUUUAGUAGAGACAGGGUUUCACCAUGUUGGCCAGGCUAGUCUUGGACUCCUGACCUCGUGCUCCACCCACCUUGGCCUCCCAAAGUGCUGGGAUUACAGGUGUGAGCCACCAUGCAUGGCUGGCCUGACCUUUGGAAAAGCCCUGUCACUUUGGAAGUUUGCGUCUUUGAAGAGGCGAUUGGGAACAUAUCGUGACUGCCUGCCACCAUUGCUUAUCAGACUACUGCAAUUCAGUGAUCCUGCCCAGGACUUCUGGCCCUGGGUUCACCACUGGGAAAACGUGCUUCAGACUGGAUAGCCUAAAAAGGAGUAAUAAUGCCCUUGUAGGAUGUGGAGAAGGGAAAAUAUGGACAUUAAUAUUAAAAGACACCAGUGAAAUUGUUAGAUCUCUAGGAAGUUGGAGCACAAGGCUUCACGUUUUGAGACCAUCGUGGUUUUCAGUGAACAAACACUGAGCACCAGCAGCAAAAAACAACAAUAAAAAACCCUCGUUUUUACCUCGUCUUCUAGACAUUAAAAGGCAGUUGCAUUCCACUCUUCAUUAUGUUCUACAUGUUGCUUCAUCAGCAUAUGCUUAGCUGUGACAAGUAUAUUUUCUGAACAGAAAUUUACUUAGAAGUACCAUGUACUUGGGGGUACCAAUUAACUGCCUUAAAAUUAGCAUAUUGAUAGUUCUUGGAGAGACCAAGUAUAAUCUAAGAAUUUAUAUGAAAGAUUUGUAUCAUUAGAGCCAGAAAUAAUUUUGUAUUAAUAUCUAAUACAGAUUAACAUAUUUGUACCUGUGUAACUUUUGACAUGAGCCUGUAAACAUAUAUGUACCUGCACAUGUAUGCAUGUGGUGUGGGUGUUAUUCCUUUAGUAUGGACUUAAAGUACUUAUUCGUAUAGCUUGUAACUAAAAAUUAGAACAGCUCCCUAGAAUUCCGAAGUUUAAGAGUCUGACCAGAAAUUUGCAACUUACAAAAAAGUUACUUUUAAAAAUAUGAGUUAGGGCUAGGCACUGUGGCUCAUGCCUAUAAUCUCAGCCCUUUUGGGAGGCAAAGACGGGAGGAUCACCUCAGGCCAGGAGUUCAAGACCAACCAACCUGGGUAACAUGGCCAGACCCCAUCUCUAAAAUAUAUAUAUAUUAGAGUUAUAUCUAGAGAGAGAGUUAGAUAGAUAGAUAGAUAGAUAGAUAUAAAACUUAGAGGUUGUAUCUUCCCCCAAAAGAGGCUGUAAUAUUUACAGCAGCCUCAAAUUGCUCUUAAGGGGUUUGGGUGUGCAGAAGCUUUCCUUUCCCUACCCAGGGCCCUGUGACUACCUAACAUGUUGUGUACUGAUUUGUUCUGUUUGCUGGCUAUCUCCCCGCCCCACUGCUACAACAGAGGCUCCAAGAGAGCAGGGACUUUAUUAUUCAUUACUGCAUCCCCAGUAAUGAAGGUACUUAGAAAAUAAUUAUUGAAUGAAUGAAACCUAAACUGAAUCUGAGGGUGUUUGUGGCACUGUGUGUUUUAUUGAAUUGUAGAAGGACAUAACCGUGUUUUCAGUGUUUUUGUGCAACAAACUUGUACGUUUUAUUUCACUUGUGUUUUGUCUUAAACCCUACUGCUGGAAACAAUUUUAUAUAAUAAGCAAUGGGCCCAAAAGUCUGGGGUUUGUUUUUUUUUGUACUUAGUGCAUUUGUAUGCAACAGAGAUGCUGCAGCUGAUGCCUUUAAACGGUAUUCAUCAUGGAAGGGCUGAGGCCUGUGCUUGGUGUUCCACAGCCCAGGGUUGAGCAUCCUGAAGGAGCCAGUGCAGCCGUCACUGUCCCCAGAGCCUGUGGAGAUAGAGCCCGUUUGCUGCUUUUUCUUCCCGCUCUCGAGACAUGGCUGGAGCACAGUCUUCAUUGAAUGAGAGUCUGCUGUGGCUAGCCUUGCUUUCUUGAACUAAUCUGUUUGCCCUUCACAAGUAUUUCUUCUGUCAGGAUUAGUUCGUUCCAAGGAGGCUCGUCAGUCUCACAGGUAAGUAGAUCUCUCCUGCCGUCUGGACACAUUUCACUCGGAAGUUGAAUACAGUUUGUAUUCAGGCUGGGAACCUGAACACACACUUGUGUUUUUAAGCUUCCCUUUUUUACAGUGGACAAGGACACAAACAAUACAUAAAUCAUCCCUAA